AUGAGGAGGUGGUUUGGCCAGCUGGCGCUCCUACCCACCUCUCACCCUAAGUCACAGAAGGCCGGGCGGUCAGCCCUGUCCUCAUCUCCUUUUCCAAAGCCCGUGCCACCUCGAGCUGCUCUUCGGCGACUGAUCAGGGAGAGUCACCUCGCUGCCCCAGUAGUGGGGCGCACGUGGCGCAAAGCCGCUCUGCUCUGCCCCCCGAGCGAUGCCGGGACGGCGCCCCCCGGUCCGCGAGGGGCUCUCACUUCCCCUCCCCAACGGCCGCGGGUGCAGGUGGCUGCCGGGCCGGCGGCGGGGCGGGCCGUGUGGACACGCCCUCGCGGCGAGUCCCGGCGACCCGGCAGGAGGAAGCGCCACAGCGGCGGCCGGGGCUGCUCCGAGCUGGGCGCCCGUAGCUUCGUGGAGCUGGGCGGCCGGGACUGCGCGGAGCUGCGCGCCCAGGGCUGCGCGGAGCUCGGCGGCCGGGACUGCGCGGAGCUGGGCGACCGGGACUUUUCAGGGAUGCUUAGGGUAUGCGACAUCCUCAUUGUCUACAGCCCCGAUGCCGAGGACUGGUGUCACUACCUCCAGGAGCUCUUCCUGUCCAGUCGGCAGGUCCGCACCCAGAAGAUGCUGACUCACAGAUUAGGCCCGGGGGUCUCCUUCUCGGCCGAGGACUUGAGCCUCUUCCUCAGCACCCGGUGCAUCAUGGUGCUGCUGUCUGGAGAGCUGGUGCAGCACUUCUACCAGCCGUCCAUGCUGCCCCUGCUGCAGCGAGCCUUUCACCCUCCGCAGCGCAUGGUGAGGCUGCUGUGUGGGGUGCAGGACAGCGAGGAGUUCCUCCGCUUCUUCCCCGACUGGGCCCACUGGCAGGAGCUCACCUGUGACGAUGAACCUGAGAUUUACGUGGCGGCCGUGAAGAAGGCUGUUUCUGAAGAUUCUGGCUGUGAUUCAGUUACUGACACAGAGACUGAGGACGAGAAGGUCCCUCCCUGCCCGAAGCAGCACAACCUGCCACUGGAGAAUUCACCUGGGAACCUGAUGGUGGUGCAGCCAGACCGUAUCCGCUGUGGGGCAGAAACCACGGUCUACAUUAUUGUGAAAUGCAAGUUGGAUGAGAGAGUGACACCGGAAGUGGAGUUUUCUCCUGAAGAUUCCCACUCAAUCCGGGUGGAAGCCAAGCUGGAGAAUGAGUACACCGUUGCUGUGAAGGCCCCCAACCUUUCGUCGGGAAAUGUUUCUCUGAAGGUAUAUUGCAGAGACUUGGUGUGUGAAACCACCAUCAGUUAUUACACUGACAUGGAAGAAAUUGGCAAUUUAUUGUCCAGUGCCUCGAACCCUGUGGAAUUCAUGUGCCAAGCCUUCAAAAUUGUGCCCUACAACACAGAAACCCUGGACAAACUGCUAACAGAGUCCCUAAAGAACAACAUCCCUGCCAGUGGACUGCAUCUGUUUGGAAUCAGCCAGUUGGAAGAAGAAGAUAUGAUGACAAAUCAGAGAGAUGAGGAGCUGCCCACCUUGUUGCAUUUUGCUGCAAAAUAUGGCCUGAAGAACCUUACUGCCUUAUUGCUCACCUGCCCAGGAGCCCUUCAGGCAUACAGUGUGGCCAACAAGCAUGGCCACUACCCCAACACCAUUGCUGAGAAACAUGGCUUCAGGGACCUGCGGCAGUUCAUCGACGAAUACGUGGAAACUGUAGACAUGUUGAAAAGUCACAUAAAGGAGGAACUGAUGCAGGGGGAGGAGGAGGCUGAUGCCGUGUAUGAGUCCAUGGCCCACCUCUCCACAGACCUGCUCAUGAAAUGCUCCCUGAACCCCGGCUGUGAUGAGGAACUCUAUGAGUCCAUGGCUGCCUUCGCCCCGGCUACCUCUGAGGACCUGUAUGUUGAAAUGCUUCAGGCCAGUACAUCUAGCUCAAUCUCUGGAGACAGUUUCUCUCGGGCCACCAAGGACUCUAUGAUCCGCAAGUUCUUAGAAGGCAACACUGUAGGAAUGGCUGGUUUGCAAAGGGAGCUGUGCCAUCUUGGUGAGAAUGAAGACGUUUAUCACACGGUAGUUGAUGAUGACUCCUUUUCUGUGGAUGUGGCCAACAGACCUCCUGUUCCAGUGCCCAGGCCAGAGGCUAGUCCCCCUGGUGCUCACCAGCGGCCUGACAGUGAGCCGUACAUUUCUAAAGUUUUUGCAGAAAAAAGUCAAGAGCGACCUGGGAAUCUCUACAUUUCCUCAGAAAGUAUCAGGAAAGAGCCUGCCGUCAGACCGUGGAGGGACAGGCCUCAGUCAAGUGUAUACGACCCUUUUGCUGGGAUGAAAACACCAGGCCAGCGACAGCUUAUUACCCUUCAGGAGCAGGUAAAGCUGGGCAUUGUCAACGUGGACGAGGCCGUGCUCCACUUCAAAGAGUGGCAGCUCAACCAGAAGAAGCGCUCCGAAUCCUUUCGUUUCCAGCAGGAAAAUCUUAAACGACUAAGAGAGAGCAUCACCAGGAGACAGAGAGAGAAGCAAAAAUGCGGAAAACAGACAGACUUGGAGAUCACAGUCCCAAUUCGGCAUUCACAGAACCUGCCUGGGAAAGUGGAGUACGGAGUAUAUGAGAGUGGUCCCAGGAAGAGCGUCUUCCCGCCCAGGACGGAGCUCAGGCGAGGAGACUGGAAAACAGAGAGUACCUCCAGCACAGCAAGCAGCGCCAGUAACCGCUCCAGCACUCGGAGUCUCCUCAGCGUGAGCAGCGGAAUGGAGGGUGACAAUGAGGAUAACGAAGUCCCUGAGGUUACAAGAAGUCGGAGUCCAGGCCCCCUGCAAGUAGACGGAACCCCCCCAGUGCACCUUGAAAGGCCCCCCAGGGUGCCUCCUCGAGCUGCUUCCCAGAGGCCUCCGGCUAGGGAUACCUUCCCUCCUCCUCCACCUGUUCCACCAAGAGGUCGUUGA